AAAAUUUCUCCAAGACACCAUCCAAAUUACUCCGUCAGUUCAACCACCGCCGCCGCCAAAAAUGAUGAACAGAUCCGAAUCCACAAACCCAUACCCGACCACUUUCGUCCAAGCCGAUACGUCCUCCUUCAAACAAGUUGUCCAAAUGCUCACCGGAUCGCCCGAAACCGCCAAGCAAGUUUCGACACCCGAUCCGCCUUCCAAAACGCAUAUCCCUUCCAUCAAAUCUAUCCCCCAACGUCCACACUCCAAUUUCAAGCUCUAUGAGCGUAGAAAUGCCCUUCGUAACCUCCAAAUCAAUCCCGUUUUUGCCUCUGUUACUGCCGGUUUCUCCCCCAGAAACCACCCCGAAAUCCACUCUCCCAGUAUGCUGGAUUUCCCGUCGCUGGUCAUCAGCCCCGUCACGCCGCUCAUUCCCGACCCCUUCGGCCGAUCGCAGCCGUUGAAUUCUGAACCGUCGAACAAUGUCAGUAGUAAUUCGGGUUUGGACGUGGAAGCAGAGGCUAAAGCCAUUAGAGAAAAAGGGUUUUAUUUGCACCCGUCGCCGGCCACCACUCCCAGGGAAUCGGAGCCUCAGCUUUUGCCACUCUUUCCGAUCACUUCCCCUCCACGACCAGGUCCAGGUCCAGCUAGCUCUUCUCCUUCCUGAAUUCAGGGGCAAUUAAGAUAUUUAUUAAUUUUUUAAAAUUUUUAUUUAAUCCGUUUGGAAUUCGAAUCGCGUGAAUGCUGUGGAGAGGAGAAACAAGUCUGGAAUGGGGUUUAUUUGCAGAGAAUUUCAAUGGAAAAUCCUUGUUCCUGUUGUA